AUGUCCGCUCACAACAGGCCGCACAAGUGUACAAUAUGCUUGAAGGCCUUCACUCGCACGGACCUGCUCAAGAGGCACGCCGCAAGUCAUGCGAAUACGGGCUCUGACCAGUCGGCCACGGCGCCUAGACUUCAGGGAGUCGAUGCGACCCCGAACAGGGUGACCAAGGCUUGUCGUGCAUGUGCUUCCAAUCAUCUCCGCUGCACUGAGACUAAGCCUUGCUCUCGCUGUGUGGAAAAGGGCUUCGACUGUCAGUGGUCGAACUUGGCAGAAGGGCUUGAGAAUGGCGACUCCUCGGAUGAGGGAAGUGAUAUGGAUACCAACAUGCAGUCCGAGGCAGACGUCUCAUCGGGUGUCCUCGCCCAGGACGGACAAUCCACCGUCGAGUCUGACUGUCUGGGCAUCAGCAUGGAGGCCACAUCGAGCGCUCCCACCGGCACUUCGCUCUAUGCUUCUCAGCCAGUACACCAUAACGGACUGUUGGCUCAUACAUCUUCGGGAACGUUCACUCCCAUGCGCACAUCCAUUCAGUCGCAAGCGCAAAGUCCAAACCCAAACUUUGACGUCAACCUGCUCUUCUCGGACUUUCCAGAUCUGGGCCUUGUUUCUGGGUCUUGGACAACCCCUCUGCCCACGACUGUCCCCUUUGAUGCCGCUAUCGAGCUAGAUGAUAUGGACCUUCAAUUCCUCGAUACGUACAACACAACAGCCGACCAGAACGAGCCGGCCUCAUCCACGUCGAACCAAAUCCGCGCAGAAGCGUUUCGAAACUUCCAGUGGAGGUUCAGACCCAGCGUCAACGAUCACGCCGGGGCUGAGGAGCACAACCUUUCCUUACCUGAAGCCAUUGACACCACGUCGCCCGAGUCGCGUUUGUCUGUGAAUCUGAGAAUAACGUGCGCUCGGCUCAAGAGCUCCAUUCGUGACCGCAUCUUGACCUUGGUCAUCAAGAGCUGCCGACCAGGCAACCUAUCCAAAGCGGUGUCCUCCUUUCCCUCCGUUGAGCUCCUAGAUACCCUCGUCCAGUAUUACCUCGGAUCCCCCAUGGCCAGGACAGACUCUUACAUCCAUACGCCGACCUGUGAUCCCAACACGAAAAGACCAGAACUCGUCGCCGCCAUGGCGGCUGCCGGUGCCGUGCUGACGCUUGAUCCGGCACUUGUCAAACUCGGCUACGCCAUCCAAGAGUCUGUCCGAGCGGCCCUCCCGGAAGUGUGGGAGAAAGACAAUUCCUUGAUCAGAGACCUGCAACUGUCUCAGGCGUUCCUCAUCUCUCUUGAGUUGGGCAUGUGGAGCGGCUACAGCAGGAAGGCCGAAAUCUCCGAAUCCUUUCUGCAGCCCCUCGUCACCAUGCUCAGGAGGGACAACAAGUUGAAAAAGACCAGGUAUCUCGACCUGUCACUGGAUCCCAAUCUUGAUGACGUCUCGCUCGAGAAGGCCUGGCACACCUGGGUCGACAUGGAGGGCUUCAGGAGACUAGCCUUCCGAAUGAUGCAUCACGAUGCCAAGUCAUCCAUGUCCUUGUUCCCGAGCCCCCUCAUCUCGUACGCCGAGGUUCAACUGCACCUGCCCUCCUCACCACAGCUCUGGAUGGCAACAACUCCUCAGCAAUGGAAACAAGCGGUUCUCGCCCAAGGCUCGCCGCAGAAGCUCACACUUUUCGACGUCCUCGACAACCCAGAAGCAACCUCGGCGCCGGACGUCGCCGUCGACGAGUCGCUCUCGCGGGAGGCCUUCCUCUCCUGCGUAUGGGGCAUGGCGUGGGAGUACAUCCAGAUGAGUUCGCUGCAGCGCGCCAAGCCCCGCCGCUGGAACGACUUUGUCACCACGACGCGCCGCGACGAGCUGUCGAAGCUCCUGAGCCACUUCCAGAUGAGCAUCAACCUCUCGGCCCCGACAACGGCGAACCUCGAGCUCCUCAUCCGCCUCGAGCUCGUCCUCCUCCACCUGCACACGCCCUUUGAGGACCUGCAGCUCUUCGCCGGCAUCGAGGGCCCCGAGCAGGCACGCGGCAUAUCCCCCGCCGUGCACGAGUGGGCCCGCGGCGAGGCGGCGCGCAAGGCCGUGUGGCACGCCGGCCAGGCGCUGCGGCUGACGCGCCAGCUCCCGCCCGGCACGAUCCGGGACUUCACGGCCAUCAUGGUCUACCACGCGAGCCUGACGUUCUGGGUCUACGGCCUCGUGGCCGAUCAGCAGGGCCCGUCCCGCGCCCAGUGGACCGAGUCGCCUGGUGACCUGGCGCCGCCGGUCGUCUGGCUCGACGAGCUCGACGGCCUGCUGCUGCAGCGGUUCCUGCAGCUGGGCAGCGGGUGUCCCUGCAUACACGGCUUGUCCGAGCGCGGCGAGGUCGUUGGGGUGCCGCUUUCGAGCCCUGACCAGGUCAUGGAGAUUGUCUCGGAGGUGCUGAGAGCCAACUUUGACCGGGCGACGCGCCCUCUGCUGGUCGAGAAGCUGGUGCAACUGAUGGCUGGGCUGCAACGCUCGUCUCGGGGCGCUGAAGGAGGUGAGAUGUGA